AUGGAUGCCCCUGCUGAAGAUAGUGAUGAUUACCCCAUUGAACAUGUAACUCAAGAAGCCAUUUCACUGGAUCAUGAUUCCGAUGCACCCGAGGAGGAAGAUAAAAGUUAUGGUGAUGAUCUUUCUCAUGACUCAGAUGAUGAUGACAGUGGUGAUGAAAUUGGGUUUGACACAUGCCGUGUAAACAAUAUUUUUGAUGAAGACGACUUUGACAAUGAGGAGGUCGAUGAUGAUGACAUAUCUCAGGGCUCGGAAGAAAAUGAGGGUGGUGAAGACGACAAUGAUAUGGUACUUCCAGAAACAGAUGGGACACAUAUUUGGCAAAGACAUCUUCGGGGUCUGAAGGUAGAUCCUCGAUGUGGGUAUCGUCCAAUGCAGCCUUGA